GUGCGGCGGUACGAGUCGCGGCCGAAAUACCGCCAUUGCGGCGUCGGCUGUUGCCAAGCAGCGGAAAGCCUCUCAACCAAGCGAGAUAGAAAGAGAGGGAAAUAGAGUCUCUCGUAGAGAAAGAGAAAAAGACGACGCGCGCGUUUGCCGAACGAGGUAGAGUGAGAGAGAAAUAGAUUCCGCGGUAAAGAGAGAGGGGGGCAUCAUGCGCGCAUACUGACGCGACGAGUUAGAGAGAGAGAGGCAAAUAGAGUAGCAGAGUACGCGCGUGAAAAAUGAUAACAGGUGCUUGUUGAGUGUGCAACAGGCACAUGCGACAGUUGUGCGAGAGAGGCGCGCGUAAGCAGGCGAGACGGAAAUAAGGCGUAAACGUGUGCUCACAAUAAAGUGUGCGUGAAAAACGAACGAGGGCGCGGACUAGGAGAGAGACCGCUCGCGCUGGCUUACUCGACGGCACACGAGCAUUCAGAAAAUAAUAAAAACAACUAAAAAUAAAUUCUCCAAAAGUCGAGUUUGUUGAGCUAUGUAUGGUCAACAACUCUCAUGACUUUUGCAGUUGACGGAAACACUGGUUUAGUGUCAUGCACGUGUGCGGUCGCCCCUCCUCGAUUAUGUUGCGCUAUGUAUGGUCAGCAGAAAGGGGGGGAGCACGUGUAUGGUACUGAUCAGUGCGUACGGCAAUUGCGAUUUCGGACCGGUUUUUCCAGUCGUGUCUGCAAUUCCGAAAUGAAAUCCCAAAACUUCCAAAAAUAUAAUAGAGCGAAUGUUUGGCAUUGUUUAUAGAGAAAAAGAAAAUGACGGAAACUAAGGAGGUUGUGGAGAAUGGCAACAACAACCAAGUGCCAACGACUGAAAAUGCUCAUGCUUCAGUGACUAACACUGUAACAGCAACCUCAACUACUGCUCCAACAACAACAACAUCAGCAGUUGUCACUUCCUCCAAUGGAAACAUAGUGCACAACACCAAUGGCAAUGGAGCCAGCGGAGGCCAGCAAGUCACUGCAGCCCCAACUGCUCUUCUCAGAGGCCCAUCAACAACAACAUCAGCUGGUGGAGCUCAAGCUGUUGCUGGCGGACCUAGUGGCAGUCAACCUGCCGUUACCAGCUUUGCUCAGCACUUCGGAGAUCCCAACAUCAAUGCGAAUCUUCGCUGGCCAGCUGCCAGCAACACCGAGGUGACUCAUGUGUACAACACUCCGCUCCAAGUCCCAGGUCCGAAGAUCACCUUGGGACAUCUGCUGUCCACCCUGGAGCACAUAGCCAGUACCCAGGGAACUGUCUGGCCGCACAUGAGUCAGGCACUUCAGCACUCUCAGAGAAUGAUGGAGAUGUCUUUAGAGUUCCAACGAGGAGAGAUUAGACGUUUAGAGGUAUCUAAAAAUAGCGAAAAUUCUACCACACAUACUAAUAGCCCAAACUUUACCGCCUCUACACCACAACCGUUAAAUAGAUUUGCUCCCCCUAGUAACUUUUCGAUAGAUAAUAUCCUAGAGAAUAGAAGUAAUGAAUCGAAUCUUGUCGAUAAUUUUCGUACCCCAAAUUUACUGAUCAAUAGUUAA